AUGUACACGCAGUCGGACCCGCGCAGCAAGCGCUGGUUCGUGGUGGACGCCGGGCUGGCGCUCAACCUGCCCUUCCCGCCGCUGCUGCGGCCGCAGCGCGGCGUCGACGUGUACAUCGCCUUCGACUUCUCGGGCCGGCCCUCGGACGACGCGUCGCCCUUCGAGCAGGUGCUGCUGGCGGAGAACUGGGCGCGCCUGCACAACCUGCGCUUCCCGCCCGUCGAGAAGCAGGCAAGCCAACCUUUCACCCACCCGCCCCACACACGUGAACCCUAUAAAAUGCCUUCUUCCGUGACCAAGAACAAAGCUCUUCUGAGGCGUGCUGUAGCAAGAUUUUGCGCGGAAAUAUGUGCGACGUCGGCAGACAGUAAUGCGCCACGCUGUUUACGGAGAGCAGGACUGGAACGUGUAACGACGACGGCAGCAUCGGUUGAAACAAGACGAAGUGUCAAGCACUCCAUUACAGAAUGGUUAGCGCUUCAUCGAUACUUCAAGUGCCGCCCACGAGGUUUGGCAUUGAAACAUCUGAAAACAUACUGUCGAAUUCUCACGAGAUUCGACAUCGCCCGAGUUAAUUCAUUCACUGCGGCAGUUAAUGGAAGUAUAGAACGGAGUUCUGUUCUCCAAAAGCAUGAAAGUCCUUUGAAAGAACAAAAGAGGGUAAUGCGGCAGAAUUUAAGAGAGUUUAGCAAAAUCAUAAAAGCUUCAUUCCCAAGUAUUCUGCUUCGUCGUUUUGGGAUCGUCUAUCCGAUGAAAGUAAUGGCAAAAUACCAUUCUUCAACCGGCAACUACGUCAUUGUAGGUUCCACAGAUAUCUGGAACACACAUUUUCCAGCUUUUCAACACCUACGGGAAAGUGUACUGGUGAUUUUUCUGCUAGAAUGUUCCAGCCCAAAGACACCUCACUUGCCAUACGACUUCCCAGAAGGCAUAAGGGCUUACAACUCUCGCCUUAUAAUUGCUCACCAUACUCCACAACAUCUGUCUGAAAUCCGUUCGAGGCUUUUUCAUCAAGGCUAUUUAAAGGAUUUUGCAGAUUUUUCUCUGCAAGUCUGUCAUGAAACUCUUGCAUUGGAGCAGCUCUGCUCUAGAACGGGGCUGUUGAAGAAGGCGCUCCUCUGUGCGUGCUCGGGCUCAGCGCAUAUCUGUGGGCCGCCGGCGUGGCUUGUUGUUGGCGAGUCAACCCCAUGGAAUGGAAAGGCAGGUGACGAGUAUGUGCUGAGCUAUGAUGAUAGUUCGUUCGGUACACUGCCCAGCGUUAAGCCAGUUUGCAGUGGUAAGCUCAUUGCACUAAGUGGUAAGAAAUCAUUAAAGGUUGCUGAAUUAUCGAAACAUACAACUUCCAAAGCUCGCGGUAACAAUGGAAUGCAUUGA